AUGGUUUCCUCCUUAGCAUAUUUGCUCAGCGGUAUUCCGCGACACUCGCAGGCUACCCGCGAGGCAGGAAGGGCGCCCUUGGACACGGAACAUCUUAUCUCGCUGCUCAACCAAGCCUCGGAUAACGAGCAGAAGCAGGCCUCUGACAUCCAUUGUUCAGUGAUGGGUGCAAUAUUCUCACACUUGCCUCACCUACAAGAGCCUCCACAACUCGCCCCUGGGAACGUCCCGCCCACUAAACCUUUGUUUUUUGGGUCUCCACCGAUUGGAAGCGGUGGUCAACCUGGUGGGGCUGUGAAUGAGGAUACCGCGAAUCAACUGUUUACCGCCUUCAAGAAGUUCGUCGAGGGUGGCAUGCCUGUGAACGAAGCCAUGGAGGAAGCAGUGUUGUACGCCGACAGGAAAAUCCAUGAUUAUUGCAAAUUGCGCGGUCUCGAGUGUACCAAUUUCCGUGAGUUAGCCCGUGAUCUUCCUGAAAUUGUCGACGAAUGGCCUUUAUUCAAGAUGCUCAGCGAUAUCUCAAAUGGGAUAGAACACCUGGAGGUAGAUCCAACAUAUUUCUGA